UUCCAUCGAUCCCAGCAUUCAUUUCUCUUCAGGCUCCCUCUUCACUCCUCUCUGCAAAAGAAAGAGAGAGAAAGAGAGAGAGAGAGAUAAAAGCGAGGAGAUGCGUACGGUAGUUUUCAAUCUCUUCAUUUGUAUUAAAUUAUCCUGCCAUGGGUUCGUAGGGGCUCUGCUUAUCCAUUCGGGUUUGAGAGAUUUUUUUUCUCUUUUCCUUGGGGGUUCUUCUGAGGGACUUUUAAUGGGUUGAAGUUACUUAAAGGGGUGGUGGAGAGCUCUCAGUGUGCGAGUUCAAAGUUUUUUCAAGAAAUUGCCCUUUUUAGAGUUAUUGGAGUUCCUAUUUCCAAGCAUAACACAAUGAAGGUUUUUGGGAUCUCUGUGCCUUUGGUGGUGGUUGGAGCAGCAGCUUUGAUGUUCCUUUCCUUCACCACCAGCAGCACCUCCACAUUCUCCAAUGCAAUGUUUACCGACCAUCAGGAUAUAGGGACAAUGGCCGCAAGCCGGAAGUUGAAGGAUAAUAAUUAUGGUACUCACACGGAGAAGAUGAAAAGAGAUGGGGGAAAUGUGAACCUGGAGGAUUAUGGUUCCAUUGAUCCUUCUCCGAGUUCAAAGGCCAUAGAAUCUGGACCAAUUGAGCAUGGCACUCCUCUUAUGCCUUACAUUCCAAAUCCAGGGCCUCCAAGUCCUCCCAGCUCUUCCGACUAUCCUUAGGUUACCUGCGAGAUCCAGCUGUAGUAGCUAUGCUAAACUAAAUAAUGUAACAAGUUUCAACUCCUAGGAGAUGUUUGUGUUCUUGUAUCUCUAGUUUAAAUAUCGAACAGUUCUCAUCGUCUAAUCUGAUUGGGCAUUACACUUCUUUAGAA